AUGCCUGCGUCCAGGGCACCAAAGAGAGUCAAAGCUACCCCGACGGAGGCCAGUGACGCCCUCUACACGCGCUGCCUUCUCGAUUGCAUCGAUUUAAAUCUGACCGACAUACAGAUCUACGUCGGUCGACGUCGCUCUCAAGCUCCGAACCGAAGGCCAGAAACCUCGGAGGAAGACAGUGGUCAGUUCCGCCUGUUCAGUCACUUUUUCGUGGCGUGUUUUACACCUACUAGUUGA